UCUUCUCUAUUUGAGAGAGAGAGAAAAAAAAAAAAAACAUUUUUUCUUUUCUUUGCUCAAGACUCUCUCAUGGCGACUUCGGUGGAAAAUAGGCAGUUUCCCCGACUGGAUCAGCAUCAGCCUCCCCUAAACGGCGUCGUCCGGUCUUUCAAACCCAGCCGACCGGACUCCCCGGUCCGCGGUUAUAACUUUUCGCGGAACCCGGACAUCACGAUCCCCAAGAAACACGUGGCAUUGGACGAUUCGUCCAGCGACGAUGAGGACGACGAGAAGAUGAACGAAUACCGCGAUAUGAUCCGCCGUGGCAAGAACGAACUGGAGCGGUCGAUCCUGGACCCACGCGACGACGGCACAUCCGACAGCUGGAUCGAGCGCAACUCCACCAUGGUCCGUCUCACAGGGAAGCACCCCUUCAACUCGGAGCCACCAUUGACCCGACUCAUGAGCCACGGAUUCAUCACCCCGGUCCCGCUCCACUACGUGCGGAACCACGGGGCCGUCCCUAGGGCCUCGUGGGACGACUGGACCGUUGAGGUCACCGGUCUGGUCAAACGGCCGGCCAAGUUCACCAUGGACCAGCUGGUCAACGACUUCCCGUCACGUGAGUUCCCCGUGACCCUGGUCUGCGCUGGCAACAGAAGAAAGGAGCAGAAUCUGGUGAAGCAAUCCAUAGGGUUCAACUGGGGAGCCGCGGCGGUGUCCACUUCAGUGUGGACGGGCGUACCGUUGCGAGCCUUGCUCAAACGAUGCGGGAUUCUGCCACGUGAGAAGGGGGCCCUCAAUGUGUGCUUUGAAGGGGCCGAGGACUUGCCAGGUGGCGGUGGGUCCAAGUACGGAACGAGUGUGAGAAAAGAGAUUGCCAUGGAUCCGGCUAGAGAUAUUAUCUUGGCGUACAUGCAGAACAGGGAAAGGUUGAAGCCGGACCACGGGUUUCCGGUGAGGAUGAUCAUACCGGGAUUUAUCGGCGGCCGGAUGGUCAAGUGGCUCAAAAGGAUUGUUGUGACGACUCAGGAGUCCGAUAGCUAUUACCAUUACAAGGACAAUAGGGUUCUUCCUUCCCACGUUGACGCUGAACUCGCCAAUGCGGAAUCUUGGUGGUACAAACCGGAGUAUAUAAUAAACGAGCUGAACAUAAACUCAGUGAUAACGACGCCGUGUCACCAAGAGAUCUUGCCGAUUAACUCGUGGACAACUCAGAUGCCGUACACGUUAAAGGGUUACGCAUAUUCUGGAGGAGGGAAGAAAGUGGCACGUGUGGAGGUGACGAUGGACGGUGGUGAGACGUGGCACGUGUGCACCUUGGACCACCCUGAGAAGCCCAACAAGUAUGGCAAAUACUGGUGUUGGUGUUUCUGGUCGUUGGAGGUUGAAGUUCUCAACCUUCUUGUUGCCAAAGAGAUUGCCGUCAGGGCUUGGGACGAGACCAUUAACACCCAGCCCGAGAAGCUCAUUUGGAAUGUUAUGGGAAUGAUGAACAACUGCUGGUUUCGGGUGAAGACAAACGUGUGCAAGCCCCACAAGGGGGAGAUCGGGAUCAUCUUCGAGCACCCAACUCAACCGGGCAACCAGUCGGGCGGGUGGAUGGCGAAGGAGCGCCACCUCGAGUCGACGGAGGCAAAAUCAAACCCGACUCUCAAGAAGAGCGGCUCCUCCCCUUUCAUGAACACCGCCGCCAAGACCUACUCCAUGUCCGAGGUCAAAAAACACAACUCCCCCAACUCCGCCUGGAUCAUCGUCCACGGCCACAUCUACGACUGCACCCGCUUUAUCAAGGACCAUCCCGGCGGCGCUGACAGCAUCCUCAUCAACGCCGGCACCGACUGCACCGAAGAAUUCGAUGCCAUCCACUCCGACAAGGCCAAGAAUCUCCUCGAAGAUUACCGCAUCGGUGAGCUUCUCACCACCGGCUACGCCUCCGACAGCUCCUCCCCCAACAACUCCGUCCACGGCUCUUCCAAUGCCCUCUCCCACUUGGCUCCCAUCAAGGAAAUCACUCCUCCCGUUUCCCGACCCGUAGCUCUUGUGCCAAGGGAGAAAAUCCCAUGCAAGCUCGUCAAGAAAACGUCAAUUUCCCACGACGUUAGGGUUUUCCGCUUCGCUCUUCCCUCGGAAGGGCAAGUCCUCGGACUUCCUGUCGGUAAACACAUAUUCCUUUGUGCCGUUAUUAAUGGAAAGCUUUGCAUGAGAGCUUACACGCCCACGACUUCCAUUGACGAAAUUGGCUACUUUGAGCUUGUGGUCAAAGUCUACUUCAAGAAUGUUCAUCCUAAAUUCCCUAACGGAGGGAUGAUGUCUCAGUACCUUGACUCUCUUCCUUUGGGCUCGGCUUUGGACGUGAAGGGCCCAUUGGGCGAUAUUGAGUACAUGGGCCGGGGGCAGUUCUCGGUCCAUGGAAAGCCCAAGUUCGCUAAGAGGCUUGCCAUGCUUGCGGGUGGGACCGGGAUCACGCCGAUUUAUCAGGUGGUCCAGGCGAUAUUGAAGGACCCGGAGGACGACACUGAAAUGUAUGUCGUUUAUGCGAACAGGACGGAAGAUGACAUACUUUUGAGGGAGGAGUUGGACGAGUGGGCCCGGACGUGUGAGAGGUUUAAGGUGUGGUAUGUGGUGGAGAAAGGCGGGGAAGGGUGGCAAUAUAGUACGGGGUUCGUCACGGAGAGUAUCCUGAGGGAGCACAUUCCUGAAGGAUCGGAUGACACGCUGGCAUUGGCCUGUGGGCCCCCUCCUAUGAUCCAGUUUGCUGUGCAGCCCAACUUGGAGAAGAUGAAUUAUGAUAUCAAGGACUCGUUGUUGAUCUUUUAGAGAGAGAAUGGGAUUAAUUUGUAAUCUGUACAUAUGUAUAACAUGUUUUCCUGUUGUAUUAUUCUACUUUUGAGUUAUUUUAAUUAUUCUUUAUCGAAAGUCCUUUUCUUUAUU